GGGCCGCGUGGAAUGCGCGAGAGAGGCGAGAAAAACAAAAGAAGGAAAGAAAGAUGGGAGCAUUAAGCAAGCGGAGAGGGUAGGGGGAUUUAGAACCGGACCGGCAGCACUCCCGUAGUCCCCACCACACCAACCCCAUAUAGUUUAAAUCACCACCCAAAAAGAAGAAAGGAGUACCGCAACAACGCCAACGCUGUACCAAUACCACCAAUACCAGGACGAUUCCCAGUAGUAACAGUAUAAGAAUUGAAGAAGAAUAGAAAGGGUUUAUUUGGCGGCAAGGGAAGGCAACAGGAAGCCGUGGUGACAAAGGGGAAGGAAUAGAAAGAGAGAGACGUGACGUCCGGGACGAUGAUCGCCAACUGAAUUUAGAUGGCGUUGUUUUAAUAAAUGCGAAAGGCUCCUCCUCCUAGUCGUUUCUUUCUUUCUUCUUGGCCGUGACGCUGACGGUGACGGUGACGGUGGCGACGAUGACGACGACGAUGAAGAAGAGGCUGCCGCCAUCUUCGUCGCCGUCGAUCCGGCAGCACUUCUGGUUGGGGCUGCAGCUGGUGCUGUCCCUCUCCGUCCUUGUCUGCGUCCUCGCCCUUCUCCGCCUCAAUUCCCAAUCCCAAUCCUCUCCCGCCGCCUUCUCGCCCCUUCGACGGCCCUCCUCCUUCUCAGGGCCUCCCAAGAUCGCCUUCCUGUUCCUCGCUCGCUCAAAUCUUCCCCUCGAUUUCGUCUGGCACGCGUUCUUCCAGAAUGCCGACGAGGAAAACUACUCCAUUUACAUCCAUUCCGAGCCAGGUUUCGUCUUUGAUGAGUCGACCACGAGAUCCCCCUUCCUCUACGGCCGUCAGCUCAAGAACAGCGUCAAGGUGGUGUGGGGAGAGUCGAGUAUGAUUCAAGCUGAGCGCUUGUUGCUUGCAACCGCCCUCGACGAUCCUGCGAACCAACGCUUUGCUUUAAUCUCUGACAGCUGUGUUCCUCUUUACAACUUCAGCUAUAUAUAUAGCUACUUGAUGUCUUCUUCACAAAGUUUUGUGGACAGCUUUCUUGACAAAAAGGAAGGACGCUACAAUCCCAAGAUGUCUCCUGCCAUUCCAAAAGACAAAUGGAGAAAAGGAUCCCAGUGGAUAACCUUGGUUAGAAGACAUGCCGAGGUUGUCGUUGCUGACAAUGUUAUCUUUCCAACAUUCAAGAGAUAUUGCAAGCGACAAACAGAACUAGACUUUGGGAGAAAGCAAAUUAUUAAUGCAGCAGCUCAGAAGCAACAUGAUUGUAUUCCAGAUGAACACUAUGUGCAGACAUUACUAUCUAUGAGUGAGCUUGAAGAUGAACUAGAGCGAAGAACCUUGACUUAUACUUCAUGGAAUCAAUCUUCAAAUGAUAAGGAAAAGCAAAAUUGGCAUCCUAUGACUUUUGAAUAUGCUGAUGCAGGCCCUCAGCACAUAAAGGAAAUAAGGAAUAUUAACUACGUAUACUACGAGACAGAAUACCGAACAGAAUGGUGCCAGUGCAAUGCUACAUUUGUUCCAUGUUUCUUGUUUGCAAGGAAAUUCUCACGGGGUGCUGCCAUGCGCCUUCUGAAUGAGGGAUUAGUUGGGCCUUUUGAUGCUUCUACUUUGUUAUUUAGUUCCUCAUGAUCGUAAUCUCUUUCUUCCAUACAUCUAAUUCUACACAGCAAGUAGCAUGGCACUCACCCAGCUGGGCCAUCUCAGCCUUUGCAACUUACAUGACGCUAACAUCACAGCAGCAAAAGUAGGGAUGACCUGCGAUUGCCAAAUAAUCUACGACCAUCAAAGCGGCAACACAUUCCUCUAUACAGACUGAGGAUAGCAAGAAGCGUACUGUCUGACCGAUUGGGUACAAAGUCUGAAACAGUUAUUUAUCAAUCAGAUCCGUUCUUGGACAAGAUGAUGCGGGACAACACGGCAUGCAACAUUUAUAGCGGAGCAUGGCAAAAGCGGAGAAGCUAUCACUCGGAUUUAUGCUAUUACUAGAUUAUGAAGAGAGGAUUUGUGGUUAGCUACCUACCAAGCUGUCAGGACAAGGACUGCUAUAUAUGAGUUAAAUCAUUACUACUAAUCAAUUUUUCUUUUUUCGGCUGGUUGAUCAUGCUUCAACGCGAGCAGUUCCAUGUCUUAACAUGGCAUUUCCUGUUGCGCAUUUUCCGAAUAUCUUGGUUUUGAGACUAUACGUCUAGUGGUAAAUGGGCAAGUGAUUGAUCUGUUGGAAUUCUUUGGUUUCCUAACUAUUGUCUCUUAGUAUGUGAAAUGGGACUCACCUAAUGACGCAGCUCUGCCGCUUCCCUUGUUUGAAGGACAUUAAAAAUUUCUAUAAGCAGAUUAGGUUUGGAUUUGGUUGUUGGUUCUAUUGCGGCUAACUCCCCAUCGUCUAUCAUCAGGAAUGAACAUCUGCAAAACAGCGUACGCAUGGAUCAGAUUUGUGUUCGGCGGAGAUCCUUCGAUGUUUAAAUCAGAGAGGAAAGUUGGUAAACAGGAGUUGAAUGUAAACAGUAGUAGAGUUUUGAUCCAGCGUAAGCUUACCAGCUCUGUUUCCUUACUCUCUUUUUAUAGAUGAGGUUGUUGUAAUCGUUGAAUAUGGUUUCAUAUUUUAUGGCAUUAAAUCAUCGGACCAUAAUCAUGUAAUGGAUCGUUAAUUUUCACUCA